UCCUGUCCACCUCGCUUGCUUGUCGACCAAGCGAGAAGAGCGCCCCGUGCGGAUCCCCCGUCCGCCGAGCUUCCUCCUUCCAUCCGUCGACCCUUGGGAACGAUUCGAGGUUUUGAUCUUGGACAUCGAUCGUCUGAUCUGUAGCCCUAACCUUUUCAGCUUAUCCGUGUGGUUUCCGGCUUCCGUUGCUGCGAUCGGAGCGUUUUCGGAUUCUGAGGUCGGAGGCUGUGUUAGUGAUGUUGGAGCUCGCUCGUCUUGGGGUUGGAAUGAGCUAGCAGUGAAGACUUCUCGACUUUGACCUACAGGAUUUUUUCUUCUCAGAGCUAAGAAGUGCUUACAUUUCUGCGUGGUUUAAUUCCUAUGAUUCCCUGUCAUCAGAAGAGAAAUUUUUGGCUUGGUCAGGCAUGGAAUUAUGGAGAGUUUGUACGCUAAACCGUUUUACAUGUUGGUCUAGCUCUGGGCUCCUCCCUUUCAAUUAUUGGUAAAUGGAGAGAGAUAAAUAUGAGUUGGUAGAGUGAUUGGACAAGUUCUGAAUGUCUCAAUAUAAUCCAAUGGAUGCUAGAAAGGGGGUUGGCUCUGCAAGUCAAAGAUCCACACAGUUUCCGCCAAGCUCUACUGGUGCUAAUGUCAGACCACCAGAGGCUAGUGUAUUAGGUGUUGCAACACCUGUUCUGAAUUACUCAAUCCAGACAGGAGAGGAGUUCGCUCUUGAAUUUAUGCGAGAACGAGCAAUCUCCAAGAAGCCUAUGAUCCAAACUGCAACUGGAGAUCAAAAUAUGGCCACUGGCUACACAGACAUGACGGGUAUAUUGAUACCACACAUGGGGUCUGAAAGUGCAUCGGAUGUUUUAGCGCCUGCGACCGGAGAUAGUUGGCAGUUUAAGGAGGUUGAGAAGCAAAACUUCUCUGAAACUGAUCGUAAAGUUCAUUAUGAAUCAUCAUGGUCCAUGCCACGAGCGUCAUCUGGUGAGGGAAGCAGUCGAACAACACUUCAUGGGUAUUCUUUGUCAGAAUAUCCUGAUGUCUUAUCAAAAAGGAUGAAAUUCCUCUGCAGUUUUGGUGGCAAGAUCAUACCUCGUCCCAGUGAUGGAAAACUCAGAUAUGUAGGAGGUGAUACACGUAUUAUACGAAUAAGCAGGGAUAUUUCAUGGGACGAACUCAUGCAAAAGACAAUAGCAAUAUAUAAUAGGCCUCAUACUGUUAAGUAUCAGCUGCCUGGGGAAGACCUGGAUGCCUUGAUAUCAGUCUCAUGCGAUGAAGAUUUACAGAAUAUGAUGGAGGAAUACACUGUUCUGGAAGGAGCUGAUGGAUCGCAUAAACUCAGGAUGUUUCUAUUUUCUUCCGAUGAUACUGAUGAUGUGCACUACAGCUUGGGCAGUAUGGAGGGUGAUUCUGAGAUCCAGUAUGUUGCUGCGGUCAAUGGCAUCGAUUUGGGAUCUGGAAAAUCUUCACACGGGCAUGGAUUGACAAGCACAUCAAUAAGCGACUUGGAUCAGUUACUCAAUCUUAAUGUUGAGGCUGAAAGAGCUAAUCCUUACAUGGUUGCGACUCAGUCAGUUGGUUAUGUUACUGCUCCUGUAGCAUCUGCUACUACAUUCACUCCAACGCUGCAGGAAAGCUCAUCUACUGCAUACGAUAGCCAUUCACAGAGUUUUGAGGGCCAAAGAUACCAAUUUGUUGAAAGUGAACACUAUGCUUACAAUCCCAUCAAUCCUCCUGACAGAUAUCAGAAUGCAGAUAGCAGAGACUCUAUUGUUCUACCUAUGCCAUCUGAUUAUCAGUACCAAUCCAAUUAUACGGACAUUCCAGGCCAACAGUCUUUCUAUCAAAGCAUGCUGCAAGAUCCAUACAAUGGUGUGAGUCCAUUUGAUAGAGAAACUGUAAAGAAGAAUGAAAAACUGGCAGUUGAUAGUUUUUCUCAGAAAAAAGUGGAAAGAGAGCAUAUCAAUUCCCACAAUAAUGAACCUGCCAAAACCAUAGAUCAGCAUGAUGCUUCAGCUUCAAGUUCUAUGCAUGCUGAAAUUCCAUAUACUGCUGUGGCACCAGACGCUGUGACAUCUGUGCAACCUCCAAAAAAUAAAGGAAAACAACUAGAACCUGCUCCAGUCUUGUCAUCGACCAAUACUGUGAAUGCUGGACAUGGUUCUGAGAUGAAUGAAGAUGACCAGUACUCCAGCGGAGCUUUAAUGUCUGGCUUUUCUGACUAUGAAACUGAUGUUAUUAAUGUAAACUACGGUAAUCCACCUUCGCGUCCUUUCCGAGUUUACCAAUCUGAGAGGCUUCCUAGGGAGCAGGCGGGGUUUCUAAAUCGACUGUCUAAAUCCGAUGAUUCCAUUAAUUCUCACUAUCUGAUAAAUGAGGCAUGUCCCACUGGAGCUCAAGAAUCUAUUGCUGAAGCGGUUGACACUCUUGUCGAGGGAGAGUCUGGAGCAAAGCCUCCAUGCUCAAAUAAUGCAACUUUAGAAAAAUAUAAGAAAUUGGAAAAUACAAUUAAUCAAGAUUAUAAAUUCGAACCUGUCUCUGUUCUACAAGUAUCAGAAACUGUAAGUUCUUCUCCUCAGCCCAUGAGUGCUUUGAUUAAUCAAGAUAUGCAGGAUCCAAAUGGAGCUUCAAUAAGUUCAGUAGUUCAGGCAGGUUCUGAUCAUACUGAUGCCAGUGAUGAAAGAAAUUAUAAACAAGGGAGGAAGAUUCAGAUGCCUGAGUCUCAACAUGCACCUCCAAAGUCUGCAUAUAAUAAGCCCACUGUUGUUGAAGAUAGGAUUUUGCCAGAAUCAAAUAUGAGCAGACAGAUGGAAAAGGCCACAAAUGUUGGUGAAAUAGAUGUAACCAAGAUCAAUAUCCGAGAGCCACAUAAUGUUGGAGCUUUUAUUAAUGCACAGGAAGGUCCUUCCGUUCUUGCUGACAUUCCAUGGGAAGACAUAUCUAACAAGGAUAUAUAUAAUGGUAAUGUGCAACAUGCCCCAGCAUUUAGUUGGGUGGAAAGUACUGUUGGGGCUGUCUCUCGGGAGGAAACUUCUGCUCCCACCCCAGAGCGCAUUCUUAUUGAUAUUAAUGAUAGGUUCCCACCUAAUCUGCUCUCUGAUAUCUUUUAUAAGGCUGGAAUUGCUGAUAACUUGUCAAAUAUAAAUCUGCUGCGCAAAGAUGAUGCUGGAGUUAGCGUGAACAUGCAAAACCAUGAACCUAAGCGUUGGUCUUUCUUCAGAAAUCUGGCCCAGGAUGAGUUUGGACGCAAAGACUUUUCUCUUAUGGAUCAAGAUCACAUUAGUUACUCAUCUGUGCUUCCUAAAGUAGAAGAAGGGGUUUGUAGCCCAUACCAGUUUGCACCUUUGGAGAAUGAGAGAGUUGAUUUUGGUCACAUAGAUUCCCAAAUUGAUUUCAGUGAGGAAAUGCAAGAGUCAUCCAAUACCAUUGCAGAUAAUACCAAUAUUUUGCACGAGGUUUAUAUUCCAUCACAAAUCCCUCAUCCUCUUGGAAUUGAGAAGGGAGAAGGUUUGCAGGUAGAAAAUCCUUAUGCAAAGCUAGGAGAGACAUUAAAAACACAUAUUUCAGAGAAUGAUGAAUCAAAAUUUGAAGGUGGGGAAGCAGCUGAGCCAGUUUUGGAUGCUUCUGUUGAUGAUUUUGAUCUUAGUAAUUUGCAGAUAAUCGAAAAUGAGGAUCUUGAAGAACUGCGUGAACUGGGUUCUGGCACUUUUGGCACUGUAUAUCAUGGAAAAUGGAGGGGCACUGAUGUGGCUAUAAAGCGAAUAAAAAAGAGCUGCUUUACUGGCCGAUCAUCCGAGAAGGAGAGACUGACUAUAGAGUUUUGGCGGGAAGCUGAAAUCCUUUCCCAACUCCAUCAUCCCAAUGUGGUGGCCUUUUAUGGUGUUGUUAAAGAUGGACCAGGGGGUACCUUAGCAACUGUAACAGAAUUCAUGGUUAAUGGUUCUCUUCGACAUGUUUUACUACGCAAGGACAAGUACCUUGAUCGCCGUAAACGACUUAUCAUUGCAAUGGAUGCUGCUUUUGGGAUGGAAUAUUUGCAUUCAAAGAAUAUUGUACAUUUUGAUUUAAAAUGUGACAACUUGCUUGUAAAUCUUAAAGAUCAGUCACGUCCCAUUUGUAAGGUUGGUGAUUUUGGUUUGUCAAAAAUAAAACGAAACACUCUGGUUUCUGGUGGUGUCAGAGGCACGCUACCAUGGAUGGCUCCAGAAUUACUAAAUGGAAGCAGCAACAAGGUGUCUGAAAAGGUGGAUGUUUUCUCUUUUGGCAUUGUUAUGUGGGAAAUUCUCACGGGUGAAGAGCCUUAUGCCAACAUGCAUUAUGGUGCCAUUAUAGGAGGUAUCGUGAAUAAUACACUGAGGCCCCCAGUGCCAGCUACAUGUGAUCCGGAAUGGAGAAAGCUAAUGGAGCUGUGCUGGGCCCCUGAUCCAGCACAAAGGCCAUCCUUCACUCAAAUUGCAGGUCGUUUGCGAUCCAUGUCUGUUGCCAGUCAGGCAAAACCGGCCAAGUAAUGAUACUCUAGCCUUUCAUCCUCCAGAGCUGCACUGUCACUUGUUCUGGUUUUUAGUAUGGGUGAUACAUGGACUAUAUAAGGUACGUCAAACAUCAUAUAUUGUGUGUAUUUAGGUGUACACUUAUUAUUAGAUCAUCACGCCGAUCGAAAACAAAUUAUAUCUUUUUUGUGUGAGGUUUGUACCAAGAACCUUGUUAUCUAUCUGUAACUUAUACACACGGAUAUCUGUGAGCUACCUCAGUAGGAACCUUAUGCUGCUUAUAUAUCUCUCAUGGAUAGAAGAAAUUGCUACUCAAAAUAGAUUCACCACACAACUACUCUCCUGUCAGAACGCCAGAUUUGUGGCCGAGUUGAAUCUCAUUUCCUUGAGCUUGAAAACAUGGAUCAUGAAUGUAUUACUUCUUGAAGAGCUUUAAAAUGCAUGAUAUAUACAACUGCUGCUAUGCACUUUGGGGUUGCAAUGGAGGCUUAGUUUGUGCUAUAUUGGGUUGUGAAUCUUUAAUGCUCUCCCUCCCUUUUCCUGAUAUUUUGAACUGUUCUUUUGAUGUGAAAAGUGUAAGCAUUGUCA